UAGAUGUUACCAAUGUGGACAUUGAAGAGACAAUUUCUUAUCUUUUUAAACAUGAUCCUGAUUUCCAGACUCUUUGGGAUUCCAUGGUUCCCUAAAACUCUGCCUUGUGACGUCAUUCUGGAUGCUUCAAAGACCCAUGUGCAAGUGGACUGCACAGACAAGCAUUUGACGGAAAUCCCUAACGGUAUUCCCACCAACACCACUAACCUUACCCUCACCAUUAACCAUAUACCAAACAUUUCCCCAGGCUCUUUCCAUGGGCUGAACCAUCUGGAAGAGAUUGAUUUCAGAUGCAACUGUGUACCUACUCAACUGGGGCCAAAAGACAAUGUGUGUACCAAGAGGCUGCAGAUUAGACCUGGAAGCUUUAGUAAACUCACUUACUUAAAAUCUCUUUACCUGGAUGGAAACCAGCUUCUAGAGAUACCCCAGGAUCUCCCAUCUGGUUUACAGCUUCUGAGCCUUGAGGCCAACAAUAUUUUCUCCAUCAUGAAAGAGAAUCUAACGGAACUGGUCAACAUUGAAGAACUUUACCUGGGCCAAAACUGUUAUUACGGCAAUCCUUGCAAUGUUUCCUAUUUGAUUGAAAAAGAUGCCUUCCUAAUUCUGAGAAACUUAAAAGUGCUCUCGCUGAAAGAUAACAAUAUCACAGCUGUCCCUACCAUUUUGCCAUCUACUUUAACUGAACUCUAUCUUUAUAACAACAUCAUUGAAAAAAUCCAAGAAGAUGAUUUUAAUAACCUCAACCAACUGCAAAUUCUUGACCUAAGUGGAAAUUGCCCUCGUUGUUAUAAUGUCCCAUAUCCAUGUACACCUUGUGAAAAUAAUUCCCCCUUACAGAUCCACAAAAAUGCGUUUGACACUUUGACAGAAUUAAAAAUUUUACGUCUACACAGUAACUCUCUUCAGCGUGUGCCCCCAAAAUGGUUCAAAAAUAUGAAAAACCUUCAAGAACUAGACCUUUCCCAAAACUACUUGGCCAAAGAAAUUGAAAAUGCCAAGUUUUUGUAUUUUCUUCCCAACCUUGCCAUGUUGGAUUUGUCUUUUAAUUAUGAACUUCAGGUCUACCAUGGAUCAAUAAAUUUACCACGUUCAUUCUCUUCACUAAAAAACUUGAAAAUUUUGCGCAUCAAGGGGUAUGUCUUUAAAGAGCUGAGUGACUUCAGCCUCUUUUCAUUACGUAAUCUUCACAAUCUUGAAAUUCUUGAUCUUGGAACUAACUUUAUAAAAAUUGCUAACCUCAGCAUAUUUAAACAAUUUGAAAACUUAAAAGUUAUAGACCUUUCACUUAAUAAGAUAUCACCCUCAGGAGAUUCAAGUGAAGUUGGUUUCUGUUCUAAUGCCAAAACUUCUGUAGAAAGUCAUGGGCCCCAGGUCCUUGACACAUUACAUUAUUUCAGAUAUGACGAAUUUGCAAGGAGUUGUAGGUUCAAAAACAAAGGGUUAAUUUCUUCCUUACCUUGUAAUGACUCCUGCCACGCAUAUGGGCAGACCUUAGACCUAAGUAAAAACAAUAUAUUUUUUGUGAAGCCCUCUGAUUUUCAACAUCUUUCUUUCCUCAAAUGCCUCAACUUGUCAGGAAAUGCCAUCGGCCAAACUCUUAACGGCAGUGAAUUCCAGCCUUUAAAAGAGCUGAAAUAUUUAGACUUCUCUAAUAAUAGGCUUGAUUUACUCUACUCAACAGCUUUUGAAGAGCUUGAGAAACUAGAAGUUCUGGAUUUAAGUAGUAACAGUCACUAUUUUCAAUCAGAAGGAAUUACUCACAUGCUAAACUUUACCAAAAAGCUAAAGCUCCUGAAGAAACUCAUGAUGAACAACAAUGACAUCUCUACUUCUGCCAGCAGAACCAUGGAGAGUGAAUCUCUCAAGAUUCUGGAAUUCAGCGGUAACCAUUUAGAUGUUUUAUGGCGAGAAGGUGAUAAUAGGUUCUUACAAUUCUUCAAGAAUCUACUAAGCUUAGAGAAAUUAGAUAUCUCUAGAAAUUCUCUGAAUUUCUUGCGCCCCGCAGUUUUUGAAGGUAUGCCAUCAAAUCUAAGGAUUCUCUCCUUGGCUGAAAAUAGGUUCAAAAACUUCAGUUGGGAAAAUCUCCGCUUACUGGAGAAGCUGGAGACUUUGGACCUUAGCCACAACCAAUUGACAACAGUCCCUGAUAGGUUAGCCAACUGUUCCAAAAGUAUCAGUAAACUGAUUCUUAAGCACAAUAAAAUCAGGUAUCUGAAAAAGUAUUUUCUAGAAGGUGCUUUGCAGUUGCGCUAUCUGGACCUCAGUUCAAAUAAAAUCCAGAUCAUCCAAAAAACUAGCUUCCCAGAAAAUGUUCUCAACAAUAUGGAGAUGUUGCUUUUGCAUCACAAUCAGUUUCUGUGCAACUGUGAUGCUGUGUGGUUUGUCUGGUGGGUCAAUCAUACAGAGGUCACUAUUCCUUACCUGGCCACAGGAGUGACUUGUGCAGGGCCAGGAACACACAAAGGUCAGAGUGUGGUGUCCCUGGAUCUGUAUACUUGUGAGUUAGAUCCCACUCAUCUGAUUCUCUUCUCACUUACCACGGCUGCAGCCCUCUUUCUGAUGAUAAUAAUGACAGCAAGUCACCUCUAUUUCUGGGACGUGUGGUACAGUUACCAUUUCUGUAAGGCCAAGAUAAAAGGGUAUCGGCGCCUGCAAUCAAUGGAAUCUUGCUAUGAUGCUUUUAUUGUGUAUGACACUAAAGACCCAGCUGUGACAGAAUGGGUGUGGCAUGAGCUGGUGGUUAAAUUGGAAGAUCCAAGAGAGAAACAUUUUAACUUAUGCCUAGAGGAAAGGGACUGGAUACCAGGUCAGCCAGUUCUAGAAAACCUUUCCCAUAGCAUACAGCUCAGCAAAAAGACAGUGUUUGUGAUGACAGAGAAAUAUGCAAAAACUGAGAGUUUUAAGGUGGCAUUUUAUUUGUCCCAUCAGAGGCUCAUGGAUGAAAAAGUGGAUGUGAUUAUCUUGGUAUUCCUCGAGAAGCUCCUGAAGAAGUCCAAGUUUCUUCAGCUCCGGAAGAGACUCUGCAGGAAUUCUGUCCUUGAGUGGCCAAGAAAUCCACAGGCUCACCCAUACUUCUGGCAGUGUCUGAAAAACGCUCUGGCCACAGACAAUCAUAUGGUUUAUAGUCAGAUGUUCAAGGAAACGGUCUAGCUCUUUGCAAAACAUGACUGCCUAGGAAAUGCCUCACUGCCUGAAUUUUCUCAUAAUUGUCUCACUCAAAGAGUGUCUGGAAAUUUUCUAAUAGCUAGGGCUGCCCAGAUUAGGGAGAAACCACUAACAUAUAUGACAAAACGGUUAUAGAUUUUUAUGAUAUAUCACAUCUUAUUUCUUUGUGUCUCCAUUCAGAUUUGAGUCUCUUCCCUAGCUCUUUUACGAAACAGUGUUGGGACAAGGGUGGCUGCAAGGGGAAAAGGCUUUGAUUCACCUGCAUCAAAUUGAGAGGAGCCAUACUUCUGACCCUAAGCACUAGUAUUUUCAGAAAUACAGAAAAAAUAUACAAGCUAUGUCUCUCUGGUACCAAACUGUACCACAGUUAGUUUAAUGAAAAAAACAAAAACAAAAACAGAAACAAACAAAAAAACAAAAAUAAAAAAGAACAAAAAACAAAACCGAGGAACUCCUCAGCAAGUUGCAUCACUGUCAUGUAAUACCCUCUUUGGUGCACUACAAACCUUGG